AUGAAUGUGGUAAUCCCUUUGAGAAAUGAAACUACGAUCACUGAAUUCAUUCUUCUGGGAUUCGGAGACCACCCUGACCUGCAGAUUCUCUGCUUCUUGCUAUUUCUUAGCAUCUACAUUUUGGCCAUGACUGGAAACCUCCUCAUUGUUUUUUUGGUUGUGAAUGAUAGGCAUCUUCACACGCCAAUGUAUUUCUUCUUGGGGAAUUUAUCUUGUUUGGAGAUCUGCUAUUCCUCAACAAUUGUGCCCAGAAUGCUGACCAGCUUUCUAACAGGAAAUAGAACUAUUUCUUUUUCUGGGUGCUUUGUGCAGUUAUAUUUAUUUGGCCUUUUGGUGAUUACAGAAACAUGUAUAUUAUCUGUGAUGUCUUAUGAUCGGUAUUUAGCCAUUUGCAAACCAUUGCAAUAUCAGCUCUAUAUGAAUAACAAGGUCUGUAUCUCUUUAGCAGCUGGGUCUUGGAUAAGUGGUUGUUUCUCUGUCUCUGUAGUGGUUAUAUGGAUGGCACAGUUAACUUACUGUGGUUUCAACAGAAUUGACCAUUUCUUCUGUGAUUUCAUACCUCUGAGUAAGCUGAUCUGUGAUGAUACUUCAUUGAUUAUAGAGGUUACUUUCAUGUUAUCUUCUCUCUUCACUCUCCCAUUAUUCAUAUUAACAGUAACAUCUUACAUUUGCAUCAUAUCAGCCAUUCUAAGAAUCGCUUCACCCUCUGGGAGGGAAAGGGCUUUUUCCACCUGCUUCUCUCACCUUAUUGUGGUCACCAUUUUCUAUGGGUCCUUAAUAAUUGUUUAUCUUCUACCAGAUUACCCCAUCAUGAAAGGCUCAACCAAAGUAUUCUCAGUUUUCUAUACUAUUCUUACUCCAAUGGUCAACCCUCUUAUUUACAGUUUAAGGAAUAAAGAAGUGAAAGAGGCCUUGAGAAAAUUUGCCCAUAAGUUCAUGUUGCCCCAAAGAAUUUAA